AUGGCGGCCAAUGACGGUGAACCGCCCCGAUUCCUCGCCCCUCCGGCUGUCACGGCCUUGAGGCAGGAGGCCCGUGGUUCAGAAUCCCGGAGGGUGUCGAUGGAACGCUCCUUCAGCGAUGACAUGCGGGCAGAACGUGACGACCUUCGGGAGGCUGCGGAGCAGACGUUGAAUGUCAUCCUUGACCUGGGUCUCGACGGCCGCAUCAAGUGGGUGAGCCCAUCCUGGAAGCAGGUCGUGGGCUCUACCCCAGAGUCCGUCGAAGGAAAGGCCAUCUCCGACGUCCUGCUCACCAACAAGACCGCCUUCCACGAUGCCGUUGAGUCGAUGAAAGAGGACGGCUCGCACAGCCGCUUUAUCCGCUUUGCAGUCCGCAUGGGCCCCGACUCGGUGCUGAAAUAUCCUCCAGAGCAACAUCCGCGCGACAGUGAUCACCCAAUCGGCGAGAAUGAAAAUGAGAAACAGGCACCGCCAGAGGAGGAUAGCCAAGACAGACAGGCCGAUAUCCUCAACAUGGAAGCCCAAGGGAUCAUGGUGUAUGAUCGUUCAGCCGAUGGAGAAGGUCAUACAAUGUGGAUGCUGCGGCCGUCAACACCGCCAAAGGAAGUGACUAUUGAUCUUCCUCCUUUACUUGUGGAAUCCUUGGGAGUCGGAGCAGAGGUCCUGGCGAAUCACUUGACCAAACUGGCGGAGAUGGGGGCCAGCGAUCCUAUCGCGGCGAAGCAGCAGAUGCCUGCUCCAGUCCUCUGUCGCAUCUGCGAGCGCCAGAUCACUCCCUGGUGGUUCGAGAAGCAUUCGGAGCUUUGUUUGCAGGAACAUCGGGCGGAAAUGGACGUCCAGAUCGCACAGGAGAACCUCGAGGAGCAUCGGCAUGCGAUCGUCAAGGUCCUGGACGCUCUUGAAGCCCGUCAGGGGCGACCCCAAUCUGACCCUUCAUUGCCCCAGCCGGAAUACAAAGGCCUGCCCAUCGGACCGUCUCCUGCAUCAUCGGGACCGACUUCUACCGCCAGUUCGUCUCCGGCUACGCCGCCUCGAUCCAGGGAGCCGUCGACCUCCGGCUUUGGACACGGACGAGGUCGCUCCUUCGCCGUGCGCCGACCCCUCGCCCGUAUCGUCGAGUUGAUUCUGGAUCUCUGCGACACGGCGUUGGAGAUCAGCACCCCGGCGCUAAAGGAGACUCGUGCGGACAACGGCGAGGAUCUUCGAACCUUGUCGCCGCAGUCGGAGUCCCGCAUCUCUCAGGUUCUGCAGUGGCAGUCACCCAGCAGCAAUACUCUCGACCAAGAGCAGGGCCUGGCCGCCUUAUCUGCAGAUACGGAGCAGCUCGCAAAAGCCAAAGUCGACGCGGUCAUUCGACAUCGCAGAAUUGUCGAAUAUGCGGAACGGCUCCGCGUUGAGUACACAGUUAUGGUAGAGGAAUGCAUCGAUGCUGCUUUGAGCAAGGCUGAACGCAUUGCCGCUGGCGAGCUCAGCGAUUCGUCCUCGUCCUAUGGGGAUGAAGAUUUGCUGGAGGAGGAUGUCGAGGGGGAACAGCAGGACUCCUCUCAGAUUACGGCGGCUCCUGCAUCUCAAGAUACGUCGAUUGAAGGGGUGGCACGAACUUCAUCAGAUCCCUCGUCAAUGUCUCAAUCACCGCGAGGGGGUUCGUCCGUCGCCGUGUCGACUCGAUCGGCCAGCCCAAUGGAGUGUCCCACGCCACGGUCCCAUAAAAGCGUCACUGGUCUUCUGGGCACGUCUCAGCCAUCAAAACGGGGUUCCCUGCUUGCUGAGAGCGAUGCGGGUGAGAACAGUGAUAGCAGCAGCGUGCCCUCGUCGGUCUUCACGGGGGGGAUGCGGACAGAUUCUCCCUCCUCCGAUAAGGGUCUCUCGCGCAAAGCCAGUUCCAGAGGAAAGAAGCGAAAGAGUCUCAUCCUACCGGGCUUGUCGAGCUCUCCGCGACGCCAACCGUCCCCUGCUCGGGGGCCGGCUCCUCCAUCCCCUCUGCGGCUGUCUAAGCCUCGCCUUCCUAGCGGAGAGACUCUGCCCUCUCCGAGCAUGUCUCCAUUACAGUCUUCAAACGAGGGUGCGGCCCAUAGCUUACCGCAGCAUCACCACCUCCACUAUCAUCAUCGCCGACAGUCGUCCGCAACAUCCUCCGAUGUUGCUAAGCCGCCACUUUCACCGCGUUUGUCCUCGGUCAGCCAGCCUCAGCCCCGCCCCGCACCCACUUCCAUCAAGGAUUUCGAAGUCAUCAAGCCAAUCAGCAAGGGGGCUUUUGGGAGUGUUUAUCUCGCGAAAAAGAAGAUUACCGGGGAGUAUUUCGCCAUCAAGGUUCUCAAGAAGGCGGAUAUGGUUGCAAAGAAUCAGGUGACAAAUGUGAAGGCGGAACGAGCCAUCAUGAUGUGGCAGGGGGAGAGCGACUUCGUCGCCAAGUUGUAUUGGACGUUCUCCAGCAAAGACUAUCUUUAUCUGGUGAUGGAAUAUUUGAACGGCGGGGACUGCGCUUCUCUCGUCAAGGUCCUUGGAGGACUUCCCGAAGAUUGGGCAAAGAAAUACAUCGCCGAAGUUGUUCUGGGGGUUGAACAUCUCCACAGCCGAGGAAUAGUCCAUCGUGAUCUCAAGCCCGAUAAUCUCCUCAUCGAUCAGAAAGGACACCUCAAACUGACCGACUUUGGACUGUCUCGGAUGGGUCUCGUUGGUCGUCAGAAACGCGUGUUGAAGAAUCCCAACGAACCUGCCCCUGAUCUUCUCAAGCAGGGCCAGUUUCCCAAGGGCACGUCCCUCGCCUCGUCGCGCUCUGCAUCCUUCGAUCUUCAGGGCGGUCAGUCACCUAGCUCGACCCCUAUCAUCACCCCGGACACUGCGGGGAGCUACAACCAACCUUCGUACUUCAGUCUCAACCAGCCCACUUCCGGCCGUGAAAACUCGAGACGCGCAUCUGGGUACCGGAGUGACAGUGGGGGUAGCGAUACUUUGAAUGCCAUGUUUCGGAAUUUCUCCCUCAACGAAGGAGGCGAAACCCCAGCACCCUUGUCCCUGGCGCCGCGGAGCAGUACGGCAGAAGAGGAAGCCCCAAGCGAAGGAGGCGACUCUCCCCACCUUGUGCCAUUACAUCAGACUAUCAGUCACUCUUCCACUCAAUACGGCACCCCGCCCCAGCAGUCGAUGCUGCCUCCUCCGAUGGCGUUGUUCGACCCCGAAGACAAUAACAGACGAUUCGUUGGUACGCCUGAUUAUCUUGCUCCUGAGACGAUCAAUGGCUCGGGACAGGACGAGAUGAGCGAUUGGUGGUCAUUGGGUUGUAUCCUAUUUGAAUUUCUGUACGGAUAUCCUCCUUUCAACGCCGACACCCCAGAUGAGGUCUUCGAUAAUAUCUUGAACAGACGAAUCAACUGGCCUGAAGGUGCUGAAGAGAUGGUUUCUCCCGAAGCGAUCGACUUGAUGAACAAGCUGAUGACGAUCGAUCCUGAAAAACGCCUUGGCGCCAAUGCUGAGGAGAAAUUUCCCAAUGGAGGAGCUGAGAUCCGCAGCCAUCCAUGGUUUGCGGACAUCAACUGGGAUACCUUGCUGGAAGACCAGGCGCAGUUCGUGCCGAACACUGAGAAUCCUGAAGAUACCGAAUAUUUCGAUGCUCGUGGCGCAACGCUUCAAUCGUUUCAGGAAGAUCUUGAGGAUCAGUUGUCCCCUCAAUAUCCGAUGUCGACAGGGGACUAUCCAGACCGUCCACAUGACGCGCUCUCCAAGGUCCGUUCUCAGGUGAAUUCCCUCAAGCGGGGGCUGAUGCCAUUGCACAUACCCCCCCAUGUCCGGGAUUCACGCAGCAGACGGCUGAGCGAGCCCGUCUUAGCUGAUGAUUUUGGAAAUUUCAACUUCAAGAAUCUCCCCAUGUUGGAAAAAGCCAACAAGGACGUUAUCCAGCGGUUGCGACAGGAAGCUAUGCAAGCGCAACAAAGAGCCAUCACGUCGGCAGCUGCGCCAACGCCGCCGACGAGCUCAGGGCCUUCUCUGGAGGGCAGUCCUCUUCUUCCUAUACCGCUUCAACGCACCCUUUCUCAAAACAAGGGCAACAAUCGACCGGCUUCGCCAUCCAGCCUGAGUCAGGCAAACUCCUCAUCCCCGAGUCGGCCAUCGCAGCCAUCGUCGCCGUUGCUGGUGCAAUUCAGCACUGGGCAGAAUCACGAACGGAGAAAGACGUCUGGCUCUUCUUCGACACAGUCUCACCAGUCUAGUGGACCUAUACCCACGGAAAAAGCUGGUGAUCCUUCUCGCAUGACGACGAGCAUCAAACUCGCAUCCUCGGCACCAUCUCCAAAUAAGCCCGCUAGAGUUCCGGCACAGUCCCCGGACAGCAAAACAGCCUCUGGCAAUCGUCAGGGCGGGGUCACAACGCGUGCGAGGUCCCAGACCAUUGGCUCUCAGGAGAGUGACGUGCAGAGUGUGAAGGAGCCAUACAUUCCAGGUCACCAUAAACGCCGAAGCCAGUUGUUCGACAUAUCUCCGUCGUCUUCUGACAACGAAGAUCCCCGCACAAAGGCCCUUCUCAAGGUGCAGAGGCGGCGUCAAAGUUCUCGACGGCUUUCUCAAAUCAAUAUGCCAGAAGGCCCGUUCUUCCGGCCGCUUGAUGUUCUCAUCUGUGAAGAUCAUCCAGUUUCGAGGAUCGUGAUGGAACGACUCUUCGAGAAGCUCCGUUGUCGUACGAUAACUGCGGUCAACGGGUCCGAGGCGAUCCGGUACGCUUUGAGUGAGGUCCAGUUUGAUAUUAUCAUGACCGAAUUCAGACUCCCUCAGAUCAACGGGGCGGACGUGGCACGGAUGGUGCGGGAGACAAGAAGUGCCAACAAGCACACUCCCAUCAUCGCCGUCACUGGUUAUCUCAAGGACCUCCCGGAGACUCACUAUUUCGAUGCGCUCAUUGAGAAGCCUCCCACUCUGACCAAGCUGAUCGACGCGCUGGGCAAAUUCUGUCAAUGGAAGCCUCCGUCGAAGGACGACAUUCCGCCGCAGCCUCUGUCGAUACCUCCAUCGGUGGUGCGCCAAGCACUUGGACGUGCUGAGGACAGUCCCAGUUCGACAUCAUCAGGCUUCCCGCAGAUGCCGUCCAGCUCUUAUCGGGGCUCCAGUCGUGAAGAUUCCAUCGGAAGCAGUUACUUUACCGAUGUGGACUCUGUCAAGCCGGAGGAGGUUCCUGUCAUCAUCAGUCGCCAUACUGACGAAUGGGGCACUAGUCCAGGAGGAUUGGGGAUCUCAGAAGACGCAGCGGCCGCGGCUGGGGUUGCUGAUCCGAAAGCCAAUCCUAGUCCCAUCACUUUGCCUCAGUUACAGCACACAGUUUCGGCGCCGCCUACUUCUGGCGUUCCUGGACUGGUCACACCCCGCAAGCAACGGUCCAGCGAAGCCAUCCGUACCAAGCGAGAGUCCCUGGAGAAGAGGCUGCACGAAUGUGCGGAGUCUGGGGACGAUGAAGAUGAGGAGCUCGGGAGCCUCCAACUGCGAAUCCGUAGUUCGCAGACGACGAAGGGGCCUCGGUCGAGUUCGAAGCUGGGCACUGAAAUGAUGAGGACUAAUAGUCGCGGAAGUGUCGUCAGCGGCAGCGAGGAGCUGCUCAAGAAAGAGAAGGAGUCGACAGACCAAAGCGUGACUGCUGACAACGCGGGAGAGACUGGCGGUACAAGCACUUCCGAGAUUGAACAAAAGCUGGAAGCGCUUCAGAUCCCGGACGAGAACAUUUCUCCCGGCGAGACGAAACAAGAUGAUGACGGACCUGGACCAUUGGAGGUACCUGAAUCAACCCAGCCUCAGCUUGAACAUCCGGAGUGUCCGGCUCCUUUGCCUUUGGACCAGGAGACGGAUAUUCAGUCUCCGACCGAUCCUCAGCAGACUGUUGUCCCUGCAUUGAAGACUCCUGAAAUCACGACACCGUCUCCUAAAGAUAGCGGUCCAGUCGAAGACGUAGUCGAACCGUCUGCCGCGCAACCUAGCGAGGCCGAUUAUUCUCCCGGCAUUACAGAGCGUGCCGAGAACGAGAACGAGAACGACCUGCUGGCGGCUGAAGACGAGAAUGGUGACGCGGACGCCACUCCCAAGCCCGCGCCGACCUCUACCACGCCAUCGUCUUCCGCCGAGAUGGACGAUGAGUCGACGCCGCGCCCGAUGGAAAAGGGACGCGAGCGCGCAGCAGAGUACCGGUCGACAAUCUUUCCUUGGAGGAUGCGAUAG